UACUGGUCGCACGUGUUUGUGCGAUGAUUUAAAUGAGGGAAAUAAAUAAACACAUUCUCGGUUAAAUAACGACUUAUUAACUCUAUGCACACAUAUUGUCUUUGUACGACAGUAUAUCGCAUAAUUUAACCGAUUGGUUCAACGGGUUUUUUCAAUUAUAUUCAGUUUGUCGAAGUGAAAAAAAGAUGGCCGCGUGCUUCUCACACGGAUGUUUGUGUCCUAUAGAAUAAAUCAAUGUGAACGGUGCCUAUUUCCAUUAAGUUUUCCAUUAAAGGGUUUCUCCAGCUGAAGUAAAGAUGAGUCGAUCGACCAGUCUCUUGCAGCAGAUGACUUUGUUCAUCACCGUAGUGACCGGCGGCGGCUGUGCUAUGAUGUAUUACCUCAUGCAGAAGAAUUUUGCUAAAGCAGAGUACUACCGUCUCACCCUGGAACAGCUAAACAAUAAUUCUACAGCCAUGGCCAGUCUGGGCGCUCCUCCUCUGAAGAUCCACAACAUCCAUUUAUCUGACAGACACAACCGCAUGGAUCACAGCAUUGCUCAGAUAAAGAUCCCCGUUACCGGCCCAAAGACAGGUGGUUACCUCUACACAACAUCCACGAGAGACACUCUCAUGAACAGAUGGCAACUUCAGCAUGUGUUCUUGAAGCUGAGAGAUGGUGAGACCAUCGAGAUUUUCAACAAGACUGAAUCUAAAGAGUAGCUUCAUGAGGAAGUAUUGCAUCAGUGAUUAAAAUAGAGAACAUUUGCACAAGGAAUGGGAGACAGUUCUUUCUAAAGUGAUUGCUAGCAAAGUCUUUGUGCACUUCUGUUAAUAUGGUUUACACACAGUAAAUACAAAUACUAUACAUUGGUUCAAAUACUGUACACAAUCAAGUAGUCUGUGUUUAAAUGAUUAUUUUGUUCUAAUUUAUUAUAUGUUUGUUUUUUGGAUUUAAAAAAGUGUGGCAUUAAAAAUAUUAUCUUGGAACGGCUUGGAGGAAUUAGAUGUGCAUGAUUUGUUUUGUACAUUUUUGCUGUUAUGUGCUUCACAAAAUAAAUUUUUGCUGAUAUAAAUGAAAGCAU